UGCCAAAAUGACAAUGUGAGUAAAUAUUUUAGUCAAUAAUCAAUAAUCACAACACUGAACGUACCCGUGUCUAUUGUAUUCACCUGUAUUCAAAUUUCUUGUAAAAGAGAAAUUGUUUAAAGGGCAGACGUAUUAUGAAUCUAAUUUAAUUGUUAUCUCAUUCCUUCUCAACAAUAAACGAACAUUAGAUAUGGAAACACAUCCGUUAAACUUGGCUCAUCAACAACAUAGACGAGCUGAGGCCCAUUUUAAAAAUAAUAGAUACGACGAAGCUAUGCAAUGCCACCACAAUGCCGCCGAACUUCUGUUAGAUGCAAUGAAAUCUACAUCAUCAUCUGUUGCUUUAGAGUCGAUUACACUUCAGCACAGUUAUCAUCUUAAACAGAAAGACCUAAUUCAAAGUAAGAAGGAACAAUAUAGUCGAGUAAAAAAGGCAAUGGAAACUAUUAAAAAUAUGUGCAAGGAUCCACACGUCAACAUGAAAGUCGCGGAGUCCUCGAAAUUACAAGUAGCGAUAUAUAAAAACAUUAACGAAUCAGAGACGUUACUUAACAAAUUAUCCAUGAAUCAAGAGACAGUUGGUGAAAUCAGUGAUCCCAAAGAGUUUAAGGAUGGGAAGAAAGUAGAGAAAUCGCAACAUGUGGUAGUUGAAGAAUUGCAGAUCCUGAGUCAAAAUCUUCAUUCACUGGUCGAGCAAUUAGUAUUGCAAGUGGAAGUUUUAAAGGAUGAAAAUGCAACUCUUAAAGAAAAGGUCAACUUUUUGGAAAAAGAGAGGGUCAAAUACUUGAACAUAUCUCAAGAGGAAAGCGUACCUUCAUUAACAAUAAUGAAUCGAAAUUUUGGUGAACCUCCAAAUUUCGAACCAGCAGGAAAGACAAGUUUUGAUUUGAAAGGAAUAUCUAAGCCAUAAUGGCUUAUAAUAUUGUUGUGUAUCUAUUGUUAUUGUAAUCCUUCAAAUUUUAUCUAGAUAAAUAAUAUUUAACUCAAUAAAAUAUUUUAUGUUUUGAUGUA